AGCGAAGCAGAGGCCUUCCAAAACCCACGGCAAACGCCUACUGCGCUCCUCGUCCUCUCUUCCCCCUCCUCCGCCAUGGCCGUCUCCACCUCCACUACCUCCCCGCUCCCGCUCCUCUUGCUCCACCGCGGCACCGCGAACCCUAGCCCCGCGUCUCUCUCCUUCCCCUCCUCUCUCCGCGCGACGUCCCUCCGCUCCCGCGCCGCCGCCGCUCCGCCCGCAGAGACCCUUUCCGAAGACGGCAUCCCCGACGCGCCACCGGAAGGGGAGGGGACGGGAAUUCCGUUGCCAUCGUCGCUUGGGGAUGAUGGAGAGCAGUUGGCACCCAAGCAGAAGAUCAGAAUUAAGCUGCGGUCCUACUGGGUUCCUUUGAUAGAGGACUCGUGCAAGAAGAUAAUUGACGCUGCCAAAACAACCAACGCAAAGACCAUGGGUCCUGUUCCUCUGCCGACCAAGAGGAGAGUAUAUUGUGUGCUCAACUCUCCCCACGUGCACAAGGAUUCACGGUUCCAUUUCGAGAUCCGGACGCAUCAGCGGCUGAUUGAUAUCAUGUAUCCAACUGCCCAAACAAUUGACUCACUGAUGCAGCUCCAGCUCCCUGCCGGUGUGGAUGUUGAGGUUAAGCUAUGAUUCUGUUGGACCUGAAGUUUUCAAAGUUUGAUGUAAUAUGGACUCAUUUUCCGCAGCCUUUCUUUGUUGAUCCUUUUGUUGUCUGGGACUGAGAAAUGUAGAGCCUGUAAUAGGAAAGAAGAUGUUGAGACAUGAGUUAUCUUGCAAUGAAGCAUAUUGAAUGAGAUGAUUUACAUGAAGUUGUAUUGA